UUAAGCAUCUGACACUCUUUUCUCUACAAAUUUUAAUCUUAACCUUUAUUUUCUACUACCACGCCAUCUCGUGUUGCAAUUAUGCUGGCCUUUACUCUUCUGCAAAUCAAUGGGAUAUUUUUAUAACGAGCACUUGCUCGUUAAAGAACAGAGAGGGAGAGACAAAAGGCCACUUGCAUGCAAUAUUUUAUGGUAAUUUUAUGCAAUAAACGUUGAAAUGUUUGUCAUCAAUUUUCUUAACUCAUAUUUCAUGUGCACCAAGCGACCAAGCCACCCACACCCAUUCGCCCCACUUAGUCAACAGAGGUCUGCACUUUCAUCGCGGCGGUUGGAUGGAAUUGAGCGCCAGCUGAAAAGGAGCGGUCAAUUCCUUGACCCAUUAUGUGGAACUCGAGCUCAAUCGAAUACUGGAACGCGUGUUAUUAACGGACAGAUUACACAAAAUAACUCCAGUCCCUGGAUGGUUUUUCUAAAGGCAACUGACGACACAUUCGUGUGCGGAGGAACUUUAAUCACAAAUAGACUGGUAUUAACUGCAGCGCAUUGCUUUACUCCACCAAAGACUUUAUUCGCUCGCCUGGGGGAGUUUAAAAGAAGCUUUAAAGGAGGAUAUAAGCCGGAGGUUAGGGUGGACGCAGGAUUCAGACAUCGCCUCUACAAUAAGAAAACGCAUGUAAACGACAUUGCCAUUCUACGACUGGCAAAAGCUGUAACUUACAGAGAAAACAUCAGACCGAUCUGCAUAGUGUGGGACCCCAAAUGGAGGGGCUACAUCGACAGCAUCCAAAUGCUAACCGGCACUGGAUGGGGCAACACCGAGACGGGACUGGACAGCGAUGAGCUCAGGACACUGGAUAUUCAGCGCCGGUCUCCACAUGUGUGCAAUCAACACACCGGCAAUAACAUAGUGAGCAAUCAGUUCUGUGCGGGAAACUGGAAUAGUAAUCUGUGCAACGGCGACUCCGGAGGACCUUUGGGAGCUAUGAUCACCUAUCAAAACAAGCAGCGCUUUAUCCAGAUCGGUAUCGCCAGCUUCACGAACCAAAGAUGCCAAAUAGCAGCCGUUUACACGGAUGUGUUGGGCCAUAUUGAUUUUAUCCUCCGAGUUUGGCGGCAGUAUGGCAAUGGUCAAAAAGCGCCUACUCCAACAACAACAACGACAUCGACAACAACAACAACAACGAUAAGACCAGCAAUUAGACUACCUACAAGGCCACCAAUCGAGAAUGAUUAUGAUGAUGAUUCAUUUGAUUUGACGGGUCCUGAGUAUUCAAACGAAUAUAUUCCAGCUCGAUAUCCAUUCCAAUUCGAAGUUGAGUUCCCAGUUCAAUAUCCAGUUUCGUAUCCAGUUCAAUUUUAUUGGUUCGGUUAAAGUGUAAUAUAAUAAACUUUUUUAUAUUUUUAUAAAGAUAAUUAUAAUUUGUAUCAA